CCUCACUCACGGCAUGGCGUUACUCAUCGCAUCCCCUCGCAUUACCCCAUCCGCCCAUGCAGCAAUCCCCCCCUCACGGCCUCCCCCAUCCCACGCCCAUGCCCCCAUUGCCAUGCAGGCACGUGCACGGGGGAGCACGGGGUGGGUGUGGGCAAGACACAGUACCUGGAGAGGGAGGUGGGCGUGGGGGCAGUGGCGGCCAUGCAGGCAGUGAAGGACGCUCUGGACCCACACGGCAUCCUCAACCCCGGCAAGGUGCUGCCGCUCCGCCCCCCCUGCCUCUCCUGA